AUGCUUCCCCAUCUCAUUCUCACUGGCUUAGUGGGUUACGUCGCGGCGGCAUCGCUCCAGACUCGCGCCACUCAGGACUCUACCUGUCCUUGUGGUUACCUUGACUCGAACGGCAAUGUCUGGCGAGAGUCAAGCGUCUCCGACUUCACCGCAGGGACCCCCACAAGCGUGCUCCAGCAGGCUUUCGCCGUUGAAACCUGGGGCGUGCAGGGGACCUACCAGUAUAGGCAGAACAGUGCCGACAAUGUUUACAAUCUGAAUGGUGCGCUUGGCAUGCGUACUCAAGGGUGGUCCGGGAGUGGACCCGUCUAUACUUCGGAAGUUCAAAGCCAUCGUGACGAUAUCCUCUACGGUACCUUCCGCAUAACAGCAGAAAUCCCCACCACGCCAGGCGUGUGCUUCGGAUUUUUCACCUUCUACAGCAAUACGCAGGAGGCGGAUAUCGAGUUUCUAUCCGCCGACACUAAUGCCGCGCACACGGUGCACUAUACAAACCAACCGGGCCAGACUGCUGGUGCCACUGAGACGGUCACGCUUGGUCCCAACCUACAGACCUCGUUCAAUGAGCACAGAAUUGAUUGGCUGCCAGACGUCGUGAACUAUUACCUGAAUGGUGGCCAGACUGGGUCUAUAUCUAUUCAAGUGCCUGACACUCCCUCGUUUGUACUAGCGAAUGUUUGGAGUAAUGGCGAUCCUGGUUGGACGCAGGGCCCACCGACGGCUGACGCUGUGGCGACUAUCCAGAAUAUCAAGUUGUACUUCAACUCCACGUCACUGAGCGAAUCUGACUUCAACAGCGCCUGCGCGACAGCUGGGAGACCUGCGUCUUGUCAAAUUUGAAGACGGUGCCCAGGAAAACGAGGGCGUAGCUCGCGCUACGUUUUGUCCUAGGCUAAUUACCUUCGUUCUCAUCCAAGCCUUUCACUUUCUUUAUGAUAUAGAGUUUUGUCAAUGCGUCAGCUUGUAGUUUGCGAUGUGGUGUUAGGCAUCUCAUCAAGUUACAGGCCAAGAUAAUUGUAUAAUUUUUCUCCUCGCUCCCGA